AUGGCGGGGUCUGGGUGGUGCGCCCCAAGGCUGGACGGUUUCGUUCUCACCGAGCGGCUGGGCAGUGGCACGUACGCCACGGUGUACAAGGCCUACGCCAAGAGGGACACCCGUGAGGUCGUAGCCAUAAAGUGUGUGGCCAAGAAAAGUCUGAACAAGGCAUCCGUGGAAAACCUCCUGACAGAGAUUGAGAUCCUCAAGGGCAUUCAACACCCCCACAUUGUACAACUAAAAGACUUCCAGUGGGACAGUGAGAACAUCUACCUCAUCAUGGAGUUCUGCGCAGGUGGCGACCUGUCUCGCUUCAUCCAUACCCGCAGGAUUCUGCCUGAGAAGGUGGCUCGUGUCUUCAUGCAGCAGUUAGCUAGUGCCCUGCAGUUCCUGCAUGAACGGAACAUCUCUCAUCUGGAUCUGAAGCCACAGAACAUUCUGCUGAGCUCCUUGGAGAAGCCGCACCUCAAAUUGGCAGACUUUGGCUUUGCACAGCACAUGUCCCCAUGGGACGAGAAACAUGUGCUCCGAGGCUCCCCCCUUUACAUGGCCCCAGAGAUGGUGUGUCAGCGGCAGUAUGAUGCCCGUGUGGACCUCUGGUCUGUGGGGGUCAUUCUGUAUGAAGCCCUCUUCGGGCAGCCCCCCUUUGCCUCCAGGUCAUUCUCAGAGCUGGAAGAGAAGAUCCGUAGCAACCGGGUUAUCGAGCUCCCCCUGCGGCCCCCACUCUCCCGUGACUGCCGGGACCUGCUGCAGCGCCUCCUGGAGCGGGACCCCAGCCGCCGCAUCUCCUUCCAGGACUUCUUCGCUCAUCCUUGGGUGGACCUGGAGCACAUGCCCAGUGGGGGGAGCCUGACACAAGCGACUGCCCUGGUGGUGCAGGCCGUGAAGAAGGACCAGGAGGGGGACGCGGCGGCUGCCUUAUCUCUCUACUGCAAGGCUCUGGACUUCUUCGUGCCUGCCCUGCACUAUGAAGUGGAUGCCCAGCGGAAGGAGGCAAUUAAGGCAAAGGUGGGGCAGUACGUGUCCCGGGCUGAGGAGCUCAAAGCCAUCGUCUCCUCCUCCAAUCAGGCCCUGCUGAGGCAGGGAACCUCCACCCGAGACCUGCUCAGAGAGAUGGCCCGGGACAAGCCGCGCCUCCUAGCUGCCCUGGAGAUGGCUUCAGCUGCCCUGGCCAAGGAGGAGGAAGCUGGCAGGGAGCAGGAUGCCUUGGACCUGUACCAGCACAGCCUGGGGGAGCUGCUGCUGCUGCUGGCAGCGGAGCCCCCUGGCCGGAGGCGGGAGCUGCUUCAUGCUGAGGUUCAGAAUCUCAUGGCUCGAGCUGAAUACCUGAAGGAGCAGGUCAAGAUGAGGGAGUCUCGCUGGGAAGCAGAGACCCUGGACAAAGAGGGGCUGUUGGAGUCGGUUCGUAGCUCAUGCACCCUGCAGUGACGCCAGAAGAAUGACUGGACAGACUGUGGGCUACCUGGAAUUGAGGGGUACACCACCCCUGGCUGGGACCUGUGGAUCAAUGCCCUGAAUUCCGUGGCC